AAUGUUUAAAUGCUGAUUAAAAAAAUAUGCGAUUCGGUCUUCUUCUACCUUCGGUAAUUCCGUCUCUCCGCUGCUUUCUUCCUCCGAUCGGCGGUUCGAACAUCCGAAUUGCCUACUCCAGCUGUUUUUUCAGUUUCGUCUUUAAGUGAUUCUCUCGGGUACCGUCGCUCAUUGAUUCUCUUCUCGCCAGUUCUCGGAGGUUGAAUCGCGUGACCGCAGAUAUGGAGAGUGAAAAGGCAUUGAUGAACAAAGCUAAAAGACCUGUUACUUCCAGAUUGUGCAGAGUUUCUGGUUUGAUGACGGAGAUAAUGGAAAUUCAAGCUGAGAAUCCCACAUUGCAUGUAUUGUUUAUUCCGGGAAAUCCAGGUGUUGUGUCAUUUUACAAUGACUUUUUGGAAUCUCUACACGAGUUUCUUGACGGCAAUGCAUCUAUAACGGCUAUUGGGCAAAUAUCUCACACGAGCAAGGACUGGGAGUCUGGAAGGCUAUUUUCGUUGCAACAACAAAUCGAUCAUAAGAUUGAGUUUAUCAGACAGGAGUUGGAGAGCGUGAAAGUUCCAAUAGUAUUGGUUGGGCACUCUAUUGGGUCUUAUAUAUCCCUUGAGAUUUUAGGCAAGUGCUCGGAAAAGGUUGUAUAUUGCAUUGGCCUAUAUCCAUUUUUGACUCUGAACCAACAGUCGACAAAGCAAUCAUUAAUUGGAAAACUUGCAGCGUCUUCUGUUCUGUCGACUACAGCAAGUUUUCUGAUUGCAUCACUAAGACUUUUACCUAUGUGGGCUGCGCGGCGCCUUGUAUCCAACUCCAUUGGAGCUUCAUGGUCUGAUACUGCUGUUCAAGCUACUUGCACUCACUUGAGGCAGUAUCACACCAUGCGCAAUGUUCUCUAUAUGGCUAUGACAGAGUUUAGAGAGCUCGCAGCAGAGCCAGAUUGGGAUUUCAUGAGAGAAAACCAGAGCAAGCUUGCGUUUUUAUUUGGCAUUGAUGAUCAUUGGGGUCCACUGCAACUCUUUGAAGAGAUUUCAAAGCAGGCUCCGGGUACUUCCAUAUCUAUCGAGAGGGAAGGUCACACGCACGGGUUCUGCUGCACGGUGGCUGGCUCGGUGUGGGUUGCGCAGCACGUAGCUACUCUGAUCAAGAACCGGUUUUCGCAUCUACAGUAACUGUAAAAUUUCCCUGUCUCUUCCUUGAACCCAGUAAACUUGUCUGUGGAUUUGCAUUCUCAAUCUCAACCAUCAAAAGCGUUUUAGUUUUAAUUGUCUUGCAGCUGUUCACCAGUUCUUGAUUUUGUUUCUUAAACAAUCA